UUGAAUCCCUAAAUUUUGAAUAAAACCCACAAAAACUAGCAUGCAUCCGCGGAAUCUAAAUAAAAUUUUAACCUACCGUGCCAAAUCCAAAUUUGGGUUGGCGCUCAAUCAAAGCAUUCUUCUCCACUGCCCUCUCUCUCUCUCUCUCGCUACAGCACCUCUCCCCGAGCUCCUAUCCUCCUCAGUUCUUGAAUCGGCACAUUGGAGCGUCUCCGCCUCCCACCACCACUUUCGGCUUUCUUUUUUCCAAACCGAAAGGCACGUGCUGGUCAGUGCGAACCGCCAAACGGGGUGUACGUUAGAGGCGGCCACAAUUUGAUUUUUAUGAAGAAGAGUGCGACCAAUUAAGCUGAGAGAGAUCGAUGAGUUCGAAAGAGAGUUGCAAAAGUGAGCUCCGGACUGCGAUUCAUCAGCUCAGUGAUCGUGGCCUUUACUCAGCCUCCAAAUGGGCAGCAGAACAGCUGGUGGGUAUCGAGCAAGACCCAGCAAAGUUCACGCCUUCAAACACCAGAUUCCAGCGUGGAAGCUCAAGCAUUCGCCGGAGAUUCCGCACAAACGAGAUUACUUCAACACCGAUUGCCGGUGUGUCAUAUGUGUCGACUCCAGUGAUGGAGGAGGACGAGGUGGUGGUUGGUGACUUUUACCUUCUGGCCAAGUCAUACUUUGACUGCCGGGAGUACAGGAGGGCUUCUCAUGUGCUUCGAGACCAAACUGGGAAGAAAUCUGUCUUCUUGCGUUGCUAUGCGCUUUAUCUGGCUGGAGAAAAGCGGAAAGAAGAAGAAAUGAUAGAACUUGAGGGACCCUUAGGUAAGAGCGAUGCCGUGAACCGUGAACUGGUCUCUUUGGAGCGCGAGUUAUCAACGCUUCGCAAGAAUGGCACAAUUGACCCCUUCGGGUUGUACUUGUAUGGUCUUGUGCUCAAAGAGAAAGGCAGUGAGACUCUUGCUCGUACAGUUCUUGUUGAGUCUGUGAACAGCUACCCUUGGAACUGGAAUGCAUGGUCAGAGCUGCAGUCUUUGUGCACGACAGUUGACACCUUGAACAGCCUUAAUCUCAAUAACCAUUGGAUGAAGGACUUCUUUCUUGCCAGUGCUUAUCAAGAACUUAGGAUGCACAACGAAUCUUUAGCAAAAUACGAAUGUCUACAGGGAACUUUUGGUUUUAGUAACUACAUCCAGGCUCAAAUUGCAAAAGCUCGGUACAGUUUAAGGGAAUUUGAACAAGUUGAAGCUAUAUUCGAAGAACUUCUAAGAAAUGAUCCUUUUCGAGUCGAAGACAUGGAUAUGUAUUCCAAUGUGCUCUAUUCAAAAGAGUGUUUUUCUGCCCUGAGUUUCCUUGCACAUAGGGUAUUUCAGACUGAUAAAUACAGGCCUGAAUCUUGUUGCAUUAUUGGGAACUAUUACAGUUUAAAGGGGCAGCAUGAGAAGUCAGUUGUGUAUUUUAGGAGGGCACUCAAACUGAACAAAAAUUAUUUAUCUGCGUGGACACUUAUGGGUCAUGAGUUUGUUGAGAUGAAAAAUAUUCCAGCUGCUGUUGAUGCCUAUCGACGGGCUGUAGAUAUAAAUCCGUGUGAUUAUCGAGCAUGGUAUGGAUUAGGGCAAACUUAUGAGAUGAUGGGCAUGCCAUACUAUGCUCUCCAUUACUUCCGAAAAUCUGUAUUCUUGCAGCCAAGUGAUUAUCGGGUGUGGAUCGCAAUGGCUCAGUGUUAUGAAACGGAUCAGCUUCUCAUGCUUGAGGAGGCAGAUAAGUGUUACAGAAGGGCGGUAAAAUGUGAUGACAGGGAAGCAAUUGCCCUUCACCGACUAGCAAAAUUGCAAUGUGAGCUUGGGCGUCGUGACGAGGCUGCGUAUUACUACAAGAAGGAUUUGGAGAGGAUGGAAGCUGAAGAGAGGGAAGGACCAAAUAUGGUAGAAGCCCUUCUUUAUCUUGCUAAAUACUACAAAGCCGAGAAGAGAUUUGAGGAAUCAGAGGCGUACUGCACCCGUCUUCUGGAUUAUACUGGCCCGGAAAAGGAAACAGCAAAGAGUUUGCUUCGAGGAAUGAGAACAUCACAAUCUAGUUUCCCUUCAAUGGAUGUCGAGCACUUUGCCCCUUGAAUUUCUCGUUACCACACAGAUGUUGUUGUAUGCCCCCUUCUCCAAGUUUCUGGCUUAUGGAAAUUAGUGAAUGAUAAAAGGCUUGGAUAUAUCAACCUACAAGCGUAUCUUCAAUGCUGCAUAACAAAUUGAUGUAUUUUGAAAUGAAAUGUAAUUAGUUCUUUCCGAAUGGGGAUGGAUGGACCCAACAGAAUGUUUCAGUCUAAGAAGCUGCAGUUAUGAGUUCGCAGUUUGAAAAUAAUUUCCUCUGCUUUUGGAAUU